CUCUGCAAUGAGCACUUUCUCGUGCUCCUCGGCUAUUAUGUGAAUACAUGAGCAAUGGCGACCUCGAGAAUAUUUGUGCGAAAUCUUCCUGUCAAUUUGACGGAGAAGGAUUUUCGUGCGCACUUUUCCCAGCGCCAUGCCAUUACAGAUGCAAAACUGAUUGCACACCGAAGGAUCGGUUAUGUCGGCUUUAAAACGCCGGAAGAUGCUGAAGAUGCCGUCAAGUACUUCAAUAAGUCCUUUAUUAGGAUGUCAAAGCUCAGUGUAGAGCUGGCAAAGGCUGCCAAUGAUCCCUCCCUUCACCCUACACGGGUUCGAUCAAACAGCACGACCAGUAAGCGGACGUCAGAGCAGCAAGAUGAUAAGAUUGCAAUAAGUGCAAGUAAUCCUUUGAAACGUAAACGGCCCUCGCCUCCACCGGAGGAAGCGGACCCAAAGCUGAAAGAGUUUUUAAGCGUUAUGCAAGCACCUUCAAAGUCUAAGUCUUGGAAAGACGACGAUGUGGACUUGUUGCAAGAACGUAACGAUCAGCAACCUGUUCAGCCGUCUGCUGAUGUGGAGAACCAAAGUGAUGACGAGUAUCAACCCGUUCCCAAGAAGCACAAGGCUGUAGCAAGUGCUGCGGGAUCGGAGUUGCGGGAGGAGUCUGAAGAGCCUUUGGAAUUUCCAAGCGUUGCUAAAACCAAGCUGAAACCUGAUAAUGCAGGCGCAGAUAAUGACGAAAGUUGGCUGCAGUCGCGGACGGGUCAAUUAUUGAGCCUGGAAGAGGAAGAGGAGGAUGAGGCUACACUGGCGAGGCGUAACAAGCAACGCUCGUCAAGCGCCGAAAGCGUGCCAAAGGCAGUAGAUACUGAUCAGGAGCAGUCGAACAAUCCUGCCUCACCGCCUACACCUGUAGACCAAGAUGGCGAGGACGCGAAUGAGGCACAGAUACGGGAAAGCAAGCGCCUCUUCCUCCGAAAUUUGCCAUUUUCCAUAACUGAAGAGGCACUCAUGGAGGAGUUUUCCAAGUUCGGUCGACUAGAGGAGGUACACGUUCCAAUGAACAGUGCGACUGGUUUAGCAAAAGGAUUUGCAUACCUUCUCUUCUUCGAUGCCGACGCAGCCGUGAAUGCCUUCAAGGCUACAGAUGGCUCAAUAUUUCAAGGACGUCUUCUUCAUAUCAUCCCUGCAGCAAAAAAGCGAGAAUCAAAACUUGAUGAUUUUGCUAUAUCUAAAUUACCGCUGAAACAACAGAGGCAAAUCAAGCGGAAAGCAGGAGCCUUGUCAUCAACAUUUAAUUGGAAUUCACUAUACAUGAAUCCCGAUGCAGUCAUGUCUUCCAUCGCUGCCCGUCUCGGUGUAGACAAAUCUGCCCUAUAUGACCCGACAUCAACAGAUGCGGCUGUUAAACAAACACAAGCAGAGACCCAUAUUAUACAAGAAACGAAGAAAUACUUUGCCGAAAAUGGUGUGGACCUAGAGGCUUUUCGGAGUAAGAAGCGUGGAGACACUGCUAUCCUAGUAAAAAACUUCCCUUUUGGCACGAAGACUGAAGAGCUUCGUCAGCUUUUUGAGCAGUACGGACGAGUAAUCAGGUUGUUGAUGCCGCCGACAGGGACUAUCGCCAUCGUUGAGUUCGCUGUUGCUCCUGAAGCACGAGCUGCCUUCAAAGGCCUCGCUUAUCGAAAGAUAAAAGACUCGAUCCUUUUUCUUGAACCAGCGCCGAAAGAUCUGUUUACUGGCGCGCCGCAAGUCACACCAACACAAUCCACGAGCUCAGAUGCGACCGUCAUUGCACCAAAGGUGUCGGCCGCUGAUUUGCUUCGCAGUGAUCCUGAGCCGGAAGCGUUAGAUACAACAACCUUACAUGUUCGCAACCUCAAUUUCUCCACAACGACACAUAGGCUGACCGAGGUGUUUUCUCCCAUUGAUGGCUUCGUGUCUGCCGUCGUUCGAACGAAAUUCGAUCCAAAGAGGAACGAGACGUUAAGCCGCGGCUACGGUUUUCUCGAGUUUCGCACUCGCGAAGCUGCGCUCGCUGCUCAAAGCGCAAUGAAUGGUUAUUUGCUUGAUGGACAUAGGCUUGACAUAAAGCUUUCCCAGAAGACGCUGGAUGCUGGCGAGGAGCGUCGCAAAGCAGACAAGGCUAAGGCUCAGGCAGCUCGGCGAAACAAGCUGAUCAUCAAAAACUUGGCCUUUGAGGCUAGCAAGAAGGACAUCAGAGAACUUGUCAAGCAGUAUGGCAGUGUGCGAUCCGUCAGGUUGCCCAGGAAAUAUGACAAUUCGUUGCGAGGCUUCGCGUUUGUCGAGUUUAGCACGCCGUUGGAGGCUCAGCAAGCAUAUGAAGCAUUACGACAUUCACAUUACCACGGAAGGAAGUUGGUGAUUGAAUUUGCAGAGGCCGACGCUGAAGACGCCGAGGAACAGCUUGAGAAGAUGGCUGCGAAGGUCAGCUCGCAGGUCAACAAGCUGACCGCACAGAAGCUGAUUGGAGCGGGUCGGAAAAAAUUCAGUGCUUCUGGUGACGAUCAAGACUCAUGAGCCUUCUUAUAAGAAAGCAUUUCCUGUACGACAGAGCACUAGGUACGUGAGUGUAGGACGACUCGUAGCAAGCAGCCUCGUAUUAUGAAUGACUCACGCGAAAGCGGAAUUAAAUGGCACAAAAGACGAGCUGUUUCCUGUUUGGCAACAAAUUUGACUCGCAAAGCC